CUUUAAUUAUUGCUCUCUUUAGUUACAGUUUUCUUCAGUGCUCUCUUUAGUUACUGUGUCCUUUAAAUGCGAGAAAAAUGUAUGACGCGGUGCUUAUAAUUUAUCCAACAAUGUCUCAAUAAUUCACAUUAUCUUCUCAGUUAGCUAUGGCAAAACACUACAAUUUUCCAUCCCAUGUAUGCCUUCUGUUCACUGCUUCUAACUUUUUACUCUUCUUCAUGCCUCUGUUAUCAGCACAAAAGGAGAAUUACAUUGUCCACAUGGACUUCUCAGCCAUGCCCAAAGCUUUCUCUGAUCAUCAUAAUUGGCACUUGGCCACUCUUCAAUCUGUUUUUCAACUGUCUAAAACUAUUAAUGCAGCUGCUGAUUAUGAAGCCAAACCUUCCAAGCUUCUAUACAGCUAUACUCACGUUAUGAACGGUUUCAGUGCUCGUCUCUCGCCUUCUGAGCACGAGAUCUUGAAAACCUCUCCCGGCUAUGUUUCUUCAAUCAAAGAUCACAAGGUCAAACCGGACACAACUCACUCACCUUCGUAUCUUGGCCUUACUUCCAACUCGGAAGCUUGGAAUGUGUCGAAUUAUGGUGAAGGUAUCAUCAUCGGAGUCAUCGACAGUGGCGUAUGGCCGGAGAGUAAGAGUUUUAGCGAUGAGGGAAUGCCUAAAGUUCCAAAAAGAUGGAAAGGAAGAUGUGAAAGUGGAACUGAAUUCAACUCUUCAUUAUGCAACAACAAACUCAUUGGAGCUCGUUUUUAUAAUAAAGGGCUAAUUGCCAAUGAGAACACCACUAUUGCUAUGAAUUCCACGCGUGACACGACAGGGCAUGGGACUCACACGUCGAGCACGGCUGCCGGGAAUUUUGUAAAAGGCGCAUCAUACUUCGGAUACGCACCUGGAACUGCCAGCGGAGUGGCUCCUCGUGCUCACAUAGCUAUGUACAAGGCGUUGUGGUUUGAAGGUUCUUAUGAAUCUGAUGUAAUUGCUGCAAUUGAUCAAGCAAUCAUGGACGGAGUAGAUGUUCUGUCUAUUUCAUUAGGACGUGGUUAUAUCCAGUUGUAUGAAAACCCUGUAGCUUUGGCAACAUUUGCAGCUGCCGAGAAGGAUAUAUUUGUGGCAACAUCUGCGGGAAAUGAUGGGCCUUUUCGCGGUACACUCCAUAGCGGCAUGCCUUGGGUAACAACUGUUGGUGCCGGAAUCUUAGACCGUGAAUUAAAUGGAGUUUUAAAUCUUGGGAAUGGAGUUUCAGUUUCGGGUGUGUCUCUCUAUCCUGGUAACGAUACUACUUCUUGGCAUGGUCCGGUAGUCUUUAGAGGUAGCUGUGAUGACAAUAGAAAAUUUGAUAAGGGGCACAUUAUAGUUUGCGAAGAGAAAUACGGCGACUUAGAUAGCUUAGAGGAGCAAUAUGACAAUGUCCGCUUAACUCAUGACAUCACAGCGGGAAUUUUCAUAACCAAAGCUGUCGACCUUGACAAUUUCAUCAAAAGCCGACUUCCAACAAUUUUUAUAAAUGUGAAAGAUGGUAAAAAGAUCAAAGAUUACAUCAAGAGCGCCACGAAGCCGAAAGCAAGUAUGGAGUUCAAGAAAACGACACUCGGUGUUAAAUCAGCUCCUAGUCUCGCUAGCUACAGCUCUAGAGGACCCGAUUUAUCGUGCCAGCCAGUUCUGAAGCCUGACAUUAUGGCUCCUGGCUCUCUAAUCUUAGCUGCCUGGCCUGAUAAUAUAUGGGUGGAGCUUGUCCAUAAUGAGCAGGAAAUAUACACUAACUUCAAUCUACUAUCAGGUACAUCUAUGUCUUGCCCACACAUAGCAGGAGUAGCAGCACUUAUGAAAAGGGCACAUCCAGAUUGGAGUCAUGCUGCAAUUCGUUCGGCAAUGAUGACUACAGCUGAUAUCAUGACUCGAGCCAAUAAGCCGAUUAGAGAUAUUUCUUUUAACCAGCAGCCUGCAACUCCUAUAGACAUGGGAGCUGGCCAGAUUAAUCCCAACAAAGCACUACAUCCAGGCCUUAUCUACGACGCCAACAUAGCUGAUUACAUUAGCUUUCUCUGUGCAUUGAAAUUGACCCAAAAGCAGAUCCAACUUUUCACAAAAUCGGCGCUUAACGAUUGUUCUUCCCCGUCUUCUUCAGACAUGAACUACCCGUCUUUUAUCGCAUACUUCAACGCUGAUGACUCUGAAGCAAAUUUAACCGCUGUUCAAGAGUACCACAGGACAGUAACCAAUGUGGGAGAUGCAGUGUCUACUUACACUGCAAAUUUGACACCCAUUACUGGAAUUAAGGUGAGUGUUGUUCCAAGCAAGUUGGUUUUCAAAACCAAGAACCAGAAACUAAGCUAUAAACUGACCAUAAAAGGUCCAAAAGCAAUCCCGGAAAAUGUAGUAUUUGGUUACUUGAGCUGGGUUGAUUCCAAGAGGAAAUAUGUUGUGAGGAGUCCCAUUGCUGUCAUAGGCCAGAAAGAUUUUGAAAUUGAUGAUUAGAUGUAACUUGUACUGUAAGCUGUAUUAGUUAUUACUGUUCAAAAUGAAUGAAUGUUCAGAUCAGUUAAUUAGCAAGAAA